AGGCGGGAAUUUAGGACCGGCGCCUUCUCCUUGCUUGUUGGGGUCGUGGCCUUGCUCCUGCUGGCCAAGGAAAGUGUCCUGUCCUCUACGCGCGUGUGUGCGCUGGCCCUGAAGUGCUCGUGGGUCCGUGAUAGGACUCUGCGAGGACAGAGGCAGAAGUAAUGGGAGGGACCGCCAGCACCCGCCGGGUCACCUUCGAGGCGGACGAGAAUGAGAAUAUCACCGUGGUGAAGGGCAUCCGGCUUUCGGAAAAUGUAAUUGAUCGAAUGAAGGAAUCCUCCCCAUCUGGUUCGAAGUCUCAGCGGUAUUCUGGUAUUUAUGGUGCCUCAGUUUCUGAUGAAGAAUUAAAAAGAAGAGUGGCUGAAGAAUUGGCAUUGGAGCAAGCCAAGAAGGAAUCUGAGAAUCAGAAGCAGCUAAAGAAAAGCAAGGACCUGGACCGAGAGAGGGCUGCAGCCAAUGAGCAGUUAACCAGAGCUAUCCUUCGAGAGAGAAUAUCAAGUGAGGAAGAACGCUCGAAGGCAAAGCACUUGGAUUUUGAAGAUAAAGCUAAGCAGCUGGAAGAGAAAGACCGAGUGAUAAAAAAGCAGGAUGCAUUCUACAAAGAGCAGCUGGCUAGACUGGAGGAGAGGAGUUCAGAGUUCUACAAAGUUACUACUGAGCAGUAUCAGAAAGCUGCUGAAGAAGUAGAAGCAAAGUUCAAGCGGUAUGAGUAUCAUCCAGUCUGUGCUGAUUUGCAGGCCAGAAUCCUCCAGUGUUACCGUGAGAACACCCACCAGACCCUCAGCUGCUCCGCCCUGGCUAACCAGUACAUGCACUGUGUCAAUCAUGCGAAACAGAGCGUGCUGGAGAAGGGAGGAUAAAACCAACUUUAGAACAUGCAAAACUUUGAUUCCAGAAGUGGAACACUUUUUUUCGGAGUGAGAAAAUAAUGCACUUAAAAAAGAGAAGACCACUAAAAAGAAGCACCAGAAAAUGAAUUCAACAAAAUCAUAUCAUGCUUUGAUCAACAAGUUUGAGAAGACAAGGUCUAGAUCAGGAGGACACUGUUCUGUAUCAGUAAACCCAAUUUAUGGAAAAAUAAAAGAGAAGAGCAGUG